CCCUCGUACUCGAUAGCUAAGAACAAAUCUGUGGAACUGAUAAAACUCGGUUAAACCCACCCGUUUUCCUCACUCACAGAUCAAUUAAAAAAACAUAAAAAAUGCAAGUCUCUCUCCCCAUUUCGCCCUCCAAAAUCCCCUCAAUUUUCCCAUUCCACCACCCCAUUUUCCCCCUUCAGCAACCCCAAAAGAACCUCACUUUCCAAACCCAAGCCAGCCCUUUCAACUCCCUCAAAACCGCCGGCUAUUUGUCCUCCAUAAGCCGUGCUAUAGAUGAAGAAGAAGAGUACCGAAAAGCCAGAGCUGCUGUUACGAGAAAGGGUAUUGAAAUUGAAGGCUACUUCAUUGAAGGACUCUCUAUUGGCGGACAUGAAACCUGUGUCAUAGUUCCUGAAUUGAAGUCUGCUUUUGACAUUGGGAGGUGCCCGUCUCGUGCUAUUCAGCAGAAUUUCGUUUUCAUCACUCACGCACAUCUUGACCACAUUGGUGGGCUGCCAAUGUAUGUAGCUAGCCGUGGUUUGUACAACUUAAAGCCUCCGACAGUAUUCGUACCUCCAUGUAUUAAAGAAGAUGUAGAGAAGCUGUUGGAUAUUCACAGGACAAUGGGAAAUGUGGAACUCAACCUUGACUUGGUCGCACUUGAUGUUGGUGAAACCUAUGAACUACGGAAUGACAUUGUUGUCCGACCAUUUCGAACUCACCAUGUUAUUCCAAGCCAGGGUUAUGUCAUAUACUCUGUUAGGAAAAAGCUGAAGAAGCAGUAUAUUCAUCUGAAAGGGAAACAGAUUGAGAAAUUGAAGAAGUCUGGUGUUGAGAUCACAGACAUCGUAUUGUCUCCAGAGGUGGCCUUUACAGGGGAUACUACAGCAGAAUACAUGCUUGAUCCACGAAAUGCUGAUGCCUUGAGGGCCAAAGUUCUUAUAACUGAGGCAACAUUCCUUGAUGACGGUUAUAGCGUUGAUCAUGCAAGACAACAUGGCCAUACUCAUUUAAUGGAGAUCAUUGAACAUGCUGAGUGGAUCAGGAAUAAGGCUGUCUUGUUAACACAUUUCUCUUCCCGCUAUAGCGUGGAGGACAUUCGUCAAGCUGUUUUGAAGUUGCAGUCUAAAGUGUCUGCAAAGGUGGUUCCCCUAACUGAGGGUUUCAAAUCAAUGUACACACAGUAGUCUUGUCUGCAGAUACAACAAUUAGAGGAUAGAUGAAAUGAGGAAAAAUUGCCCAUUUGUAAUACAUUAUUUUAUUUAAAUCUAUCCACGUUGUC